GAGGUUGAGGAUAUAUAUUGCUCUUAGAUAUGUUAGAUCUAACUGGUCUAGUUUAUAUAAAUCAACUCAUUCUCCAUAUCCAAAUUUCAUCUAAUUCUUUCUAAAGUUGUCAUAGAGAUGGAGGCAAUUGCUGCAAUAGAUGAUUCUGUAUCUGUUGUUAAAAAUAGUAGUACUGCCAACACCUGCACCAAUACUUCUGAUGAACGCUACCACGAUGAGAAGAACAAGGAAGCACUCCAAUUCAUCGAGGAAGUUACAAUUAAUGCUGAUAAAGUCCAAAAUCAAGUUCUGACAGAAAUCUUAUCUCGUAAUGCUCAAGUCGAGUACUUACAAAGACAUGGUUUAGAUGGAUAUACAGAUCGGAAGACAUUUAAGAGAGUCAUGCCCGUGGUUAGCUACGAAGAUGUUAAAACUGAUAUUGAUCUGCUCAUAGCUAAAGGUAACAUUUCCUCAAUUCUCUGCGCAUCUCCUGUUUCUCAGUUUUUUCGUAGCACAGGAACUUCGUCUGGAGUGAGUAAAUUAAUGCCAACAACAGAAGAACAAGCUGAGAAAUCAUGGCACUUUUGGUGCCUCUUAAUGCCAGUCUUAAAUCAGCAUAUUUCUGAUUUAAACAGAGGAAAGGCGAUGCAAAUAUUUCUUGUAAGUCCGUGUAUUCCGACACCAGGAGGAUUGAUAUCGUCUGCAGCUUCUACAGGCCUCUUCAAAAGCUCCAAUUUCAAAAAUCUAUUUAGUAAUAUUGAUCCUUACCGCAACUACACUAGCCCUUUAGAAACCAUUUUAUGUGAAGAUACUUAUCAAAGUCUGUAUUCUCAAUUAGUUUGUGGCCUCUAUCAGAACAAUCAAGUUCUUCGAAUAGCAUUCAUUUUCGCUUCGGGUUUUAUCGAAGCCGUCAAGUGCUUACAGCAACACUGGACCCUUUUCUGUGAUGACAUCCGAUUUGGAACUAUAGCAGCAGACCACACCAUAAUCACCGACCCAUUGGUGAAAAAAGCAGUCAUGAAAAUACUAGUCAAACCCAACCCCGAACUUGCUGAUUUCAUCGAGAAUGAGUGUAGGAGAAAUUCAUCAUGGGAAGGCAUAGUAUCUAGGUUAUGGCCGAAUGCUAAAUGUGUCGACACUAUCAUUACUGGAACAAUGUCUCAUCAUAUCCCUAACAUUGAUUGUUAUAGUAAUGGACUCCCAAUUGUUAGCACAAUGUACGCGUGUUCAGAAUGCUUCUUAGGUAUAAACCUUAACCCUCUAACUAAUCCACAUGAAGUUUCUUACACCCUAAUCCCUACAAUGGCGUAUUUUGAGUUCGUGCCAAUAGUGGACGGAGACGACCAUCAAAAUGACAACUGCAACCAGGAGGAAGAACAGCAUCAUGAAGAACUAGUUGAUCUUAUCGAUGUUGAGCUUGGACGUGAAUAUGAGCUUGUUGUUACCAAUUAUGCAGGACUUUAUCGGUAUAAAGUUGGAGACGUGCUACGAGUCUCUGGGUUCAAGAACAAUGCUCCUCAGUUCAAUUUCAUGAGGAGAAGAAGUGUAGUUCUAAGCAUUGAUAUGGAUAAGACAAACGAAAUUGAGCUUCAAAACGCCGUGAAAAAAGCAGCUGACCAUCUAAUGAUUUCCUCAAAUGUGUCUCUUGUUGAGUACACUAGUUUUGCUGAUACAUCAACUAAUCCAGGCCACUAUGUACUCUACUGGGAACUUCAGUGCAACAAUAACAAUGCCGUAAUUCCUCACACAGUGUUUGAGGAAUGCUGUCUCAUAAUGGAACAAUUCCUAGGUUAUGAGUAUCGUAAUAUGCGAGCUAACAAGAAAUUAGUCGGACCCUUAGAGAUAAAGAUAGUCGAGACAGGAACGUUUGGUAAGCUCAAGGAUCAUGCAAUCCACCAAGGUUCUUCAGUUACUCAAUACAAAACACCUCGAUGCAUGAAACUCGGUCCCAAAUUCGAUCUCCUAAACUCUAUGGUUCUUUCAAGCUCCUUCAGUCCGAGGUGCCCACAGCUAUGAGUUCCCGUUGUUUCAUAUGAAAAUGUAUUUGCUUAUAUUUCUGGUUUGGGUAAAACAUGUCAGCAUGUUCUUUGUUGUCCUCGUGUGCGAAAAUAUGUGCUUCACGUGUA